AUGGCCUAUCCCAACUCCUUCGAGCCUGAGCACUUUUUCCCCCCGGCAGCCGGCAAUGACAAUGCCUACUUGACGCUGGCGUAUGCCACCGGUGCGGCCCCGCCGCCCGGGAGUUCGGUCAGCCACAGCAUCGGCGACUUUGACCCGGUGUUCUUGGGGGAUUCGAACUUCUUCAACGAGUCGCCGGAUCACCACCUCCACCACCCGACGGGGCAUGGGCCCGGGCCCAUGCCUCCGCACCCUCCCUCCAGUCACUCCUACUCUCACCCGCCGGGGUCGAGCUCGGCCACGCACCAUCCGUACCAGCCCCAGCGGGGGGAAUACCGCGUGGCGGCGCUGGGCCCGGCGCACUUCCUGCCGCCGACCGGCGGGCACAUGGCCCCGCCGGCGCACCACCACCCGCGCCACCCCGGCUUCCCGGCCGAGCCGUCCUCGCAGUCGCAACAGCUCCAGGCGCCGGGACAGGCGCAGCCCCACCCGGGUCGUGGCACUUUCGACCCGCAGCCGAUCGCCAGCUCCGGCAGCGGCUUGCUGACGGACCAGGCACAUGCCGACACGGUCAGCUCCGGGCUGGCCUCCUCUUCCUCUUGCUCGUCAUCGUCAUCGUCGCCCUCGGGUCCGGCUGUCGGUGGCGGCGGCCCCGGUCCUGGGGCCGGGCCCAUGCGCGAUGGGUACAGCAUUUCGACCGAGGGGCACCCGCCGCAUGCGGGCUUCCACAAUGCCGCGGCUUCCGGCGGGCCGGGCUCCGCCGAUGCAUACUAUGGCCCUGUGCCGGGUCAUCUGGCUGGCCGGCCGGGAGUCGGGGGCCCUGGGCCGGAUCCCUCGGCACACCCCGGCACGUAUGGCCACUCGGCCGAGGGCCGCCACUAUUCCUAUGGUGCGCGUGGCCCGGUGUAUGAUGGUGGGCCACGCCAUCCGGGCGAUGGGGGCGGUGCUCCGGGCCCGGGCAGUGGCCCCGGGGACUUCCACCCCGGUGGCCCCGGGCCAGGGGCCUCGGCAAGUGUCGGCCAUUCGCACGGCCAUUCGCACGGCCAUGGGCCGGUCGGGGCCCCGGGGCAGGGCCCGGCCGGGCCGCCGCCCCCCGGGGCCUGGAGUUCCCCGCCCACGUACCACUCAUCUCCCGGGGGCCAUGCCGAGCAGCCGCCCGCCGGGCAGCGGUACUUCCCGCCGGGUGGCCGGCCGCUGGGCCCGCCUCCUGGACAGGGUGGCCCAGGCCAGCAGCAUCAGCAGUAUCAGCAGCAGCAUCAGCAGCAUCAGCAGCAUCAGCAGCAAUACCAGCAGCAGCAGCAGCAGCACCAGCCUCCCCCCCACCACCAGCAGCAGCAGCAGCACCAGCAUCAGCAUCAGCAGCCGCACUACCACCACCCUCACCACCACCCUCACCUGGCGGCCACCUCGUCGUCGUCGUCGUCGUCUAGCUCGUCGUCGGCCUCCUCGCCGGACUUUGACCCGGCGGCGGUGGCGGCCACGGCGACCGGGGUGGCCGGCGGCUUCCCCGCCACCUACUCCGAUUCCGGGGCCUUCCUUGCCAAGCAUGGGGCGGCGGCCAUGCCGGCGGUGGCCGUCAAGCCGGACCCGGCGGUGGCCGGGGACGAGAGCUCCAUCCAGGCCCUGUCCAGGCGACUGGACCAGUCGUGCGUGUCGCACGCGGCCCCGGCGGUGCCUGACAGUGGCAAGCCCGUGGCCGCGGCCACAGAGCCGACCUUGCCGCCGCGCAAGCGCCACGCCGCGGCCGGGGGCGAUCCAUCAGAAGUGACGGCGGUGCCGGUGACGGCGGCGUCGGCGUCGGCGGCGGCGGCGGGCCCAGUGCGUGCGCGUGCGGCGGCCGCCGCGGCCGAGGAGCCGGACCAGCCGCCCGAGGCCGAGUCCCAGUCCUCGGACGACAGCUCCAGCGACGAGGGCGAGGAUGACCCCGCGUCGGGGCUUCGGGCCGUGUCCCGGCACAAGCGGCAUUCUUCGCGCAACAGUGGCGGGUCCCCCUCGCCGGACCUGGACGACCUGGCCGGCGGCGCGUCCAUCGGGUCGCGUAAGCUGGCGUCGAUUCGGCGCGAGGCCGCGGCAGCCGAGGCCGCGGCAGCCCUGUCGGCCGGCCAGGCCCUGGAUGCCGAUGCGAUUGAGCUUCUGAAGCAGCACAACCACAAUGUGUCGGAGCGGCGCCGGCAGCAAAGCAUCAACUCGGCCAUCAACCAGCUGUACGGGCUGCUUCCGGAUGCACAGAGCGAUCUGCUCGAAAUCACCGGGCUGGAGGCCGGCCUGCGGGGGGAUCGCAAGCCCUCCAAGGCGGCCAUCCUCUCGCGCAGUGUCACCUUUGUCGACACCCUGACCAGCUCGUGCCGGUCGUUGCACCGGUCGAAUCUGGAGCUCCGGCUGAAGGUCCGCCAGUUGCAGGAUCGCAUUGCGCAGCUGGAGCGGGCGGCCGCCUCCGGGCCCGGCGCGUCGGACGGUGGCCCGGCCUCGGAGGGCGGCCCCGGGCCUGCUGAUGGGCCAUCCCCCUCGCCCGGGGCGGGCGGGUCUUCCGGGCACACGACCCCCGGCUCGUCGGGGGGCUCCUCGGCCAGGGGGCCCACCCCGUCCGGGGGCCAGCCCCUGCCUCCGCCGGGGCAUGCCUACUCGCAGCCGGGCCACAGCGGGGCCUAUUCGCAAAUGUCGCGCUCGGUGCCGCCGGCCGGGGCCCCUGGCUCGGGGUCCCUCGGCGGGGGCGGCCAUGCGCAUGGGAUGCAUGGGCCGGCCGGGGGGUUACCGGGGCCGGUACCAGCGCCCGACCUCGGUGGCUCGGUGAUGGUCAACUCGCCGCCGGAUGGCUCGGCCGGGCCCUUUUCCUCGCCCGGCGAUGAGGCUCCCCCUGCGAGUGCGGGGUCCUUCUCCUCGGCCCCGGGGGCCGCUUCUUCGUCGGCUUCCUUCGGGUCGGGUGGGGUGCCGAGCGCGCCGCCAUCCGGUUCGUCCAAUGGGCUGAACACGCCGUUGAGUGAGGCCGAUCAAGCGGCGGCGGCGGCGGCGGCCGGCGCCGGGGGCAAUCCCCCCGGAGCCGCGAGCGCCGCGGCCGCGGCCGCCGCCCACCCGUACCACCAUCAUCACCACCAUUCGUCUCAUGCUCCGGUUGGCCGGCAGCAGCAGCAGCAGCAGGCGUAUCCAUCCCGGCACCCGGCCGGUGGCCUCUCCGGGCCAUUCGCUGGACACUAUCCGGGCGGGCCACCGGCAGGUGGAUUCGCUGGUGACGCCCCCGGGCCCGGGGCCAGCCCGGUCCGGUCCGACCCGUCAGGACCCCCGCCUUCUGGGCUGUCGCCUCAGGACCGGCAUUUUUUUCGCCAUGAGCCCCCCUCCCAGCAGCCUCCCCCACACUGGCAGCAGCAGCAGCAGCAGCAGCAGCAGUUCAUGCGUCGGGGGCCGCCGGGGGGCGCCUCCUCUUCCUUUGUGACACCGGCCGGUCUGGCCGGUGAUGAUGAGGCGUCUCGGAGGUACGCACACCGACCGGACGGUGCGCCACUGCCGCCACACUUGAUCGCCCCCCCGGCGACCAGUGGUGGCUAUCUCCCGGGGGGCGGUCCGCUCGCUCCAUUCCCUUCCGAUUAUCACCAGCCCGGCUACCAGCAGCAGCAGCAGCAGCAGCAGCAGCAGACGCCCUAUUAUGAUUACCACCGUCACCAUCAGUACCCACUGGCGGGUGGCGAUGGGUAUGGUGUCGACUCGCUGGCCGACGGCCGGUACUAUGGACCACCAAGCCAUGGGUACCGGAUGUCGGUGCCGGAUGGCAUGUCGCCGGGUCCUCCUGGCGGCCCGCCUCCUCGGGGGUGGUAUCUGCCAGCGGCGCCGGCCAGCGACGAUGGUCUGUCCACCUCGGGCGGGGGCUACCCCCGGGGCGAGGGGGCUCGACUGCCGCCUGCCGGCCUGGCGGCCGGAGGCCCAUACUAUCCCGGGGUGGGAGGCGGCGAGUCUCCUCGGCGACAGGCGCCUCCGGCAUAUCAUUCACGGGGCUCGGCACCGGGGCCCCUCCCACCCCAUGGCAGCCUCUACCACAGCGGGGGCCAGUAUGGUGGCUCCCCGGCGGCGGCGGCGCACCAGGCGCCCUUUGCCCCCGGUCCCGGGGGGGAGUUUUACUACCCAGCGGGGCCGGGGCAGGACGGCCCGGUGGAUGGGUUCUACCCGUCGCACUAUUCCCCCUCGUACCGGGAGGGCGGCAGGGCCGCCACGCAGCCGAAGCCAUGGGGGCCAGCUCCUCCUCCGGGGGCGCCUCGGCACUUCCUCCAGCCGCAGCCGCAUCAUUUGCGGUCGGGUGCCGGUGGCUCGGCCCCCCGGCCGGGGCAGGGCACCAUGCCCGGCGACCGGGCCCCGGCCGUGGCCGAAGCAGCCCCGGUGCUGGCGCUCCCGGCACCGGCGCAGGCCCCGGCCACGGCCGACCUGGCCGGCGCCCCCGGUGUCCUCGCCGGCGAUGGGCCCCUGGCCGAUGGGCCGGUGGCCGGUGGCGAGGGGGCUGCGCCGGAUGCCGGCGGCCCGGUCCCGGCCGUGGCGGGGGAGCAUCUCCCGGACGGCGGGGCCGGCCUGCCGUUGGCCGAGAUCAACCCGCGGAAGCGCCGGUCUCCGUCCUUCUUCGCCAUCGACGGGGCGCUGAGUGUCUGUGUCUUGGUGUCGGUGGUGUUGCUGCUGAUGCCGCUUCCGAACUACACCCCGCCCGAGGCGGGGGACAUGGCAUCGGCCAUGGCGGCCGCCACGCUGGAGGGGUCCCUGCCAUCGAUCAUUUCCACCGAGGUCUUUGCGUCCACCCGGGCGAAGAUCCUGUCGGCGUUUGUCUCCUUCGCCUAUGGGCCAUUGUGUUCCGUCCUCUAUGUGACCUUGGGCUUCUUCCGGUGGUUUGGCCUGAUGACCCUGGUGAAGGUCCUGGUGCUGGUGAAGACCCUGUCCCUGUCGCCGCAGAUGGCCAGCAAUACGCGGAAGGCGCGGCUGAUCCGCGAGCACGCCGACCGGCUGGCCUUUGCCGGGCACAUUGCCGAGGCGCGAAAGCUCUACCUGCAAGCAGGGCGCUUGAUCUGGGGUCGGUCCUUGGAGUUGGCGGCCGCCACGGAGGACUCCUCGCUGGAGGAUAUGUCGACCGAGCGCCAGGAUGCCUCGCAAGGGCGGUCCUUUGCGGGCCACUUUGAGUUGGGCCUCAUGCGGCCCUUCAACGUGCGUCGGACAUGCUUGCUCCGGUGUCGCCUGCCCGGGACCCGGGCCGAGGAUGAUCCCCAGCCUCCUGUGGCCGAGGCUGGCACCGAGGCCCAAGCCCUCAUGCAGGGGCCGGCGGCCGGGGCCGAGAUCGAGCCCGACACCGGCACCGGCGCCGAGGAUGGUGAGGUCCCGGACGUGGCGCCGGCGACGACCACCGCGGUCCGCCCGGCGGCCGAGGGCAUGGCCAGCCAGGCGGCCCUGUCGAGCGCCGUGGCGGCUCCCGACCAUGGGGGCGUGGUCAGUCGGCGCGGGCGCGGCCGUCGGGACCUGUCCAUCAUGAAUGCCUCGUACCUGACGAAGUUCGCCAUGUCCAGCGCCCUGGAGCAUGGGGGCCCGACGCUGGCGAUGGAGCGGUCGAUGUCGGCCUCGUCAUCGACCUCGUCAUUGGGGUCCUCCGCCUCCUCUCCGAUGACGGCGUCGCCGACGCCUGCGCCGGUGUCGUCGGAGCCGCUGGCCGGGCCCAGUUCGGACCUGCUGCAGCUGCUGAAGGAUGCCGAGGUGGACAUGGACCAGGCUUUGCCGAAGCCGGCGCCCCUGCCCAUGUGGUACAUCCAAUUCUACACGACCCUCUAUUGCUCGUACUUGAUGAUCGCCAUGGUGCUGGACCGGAUCACCGGGUCCAUGUUCAGCGUCAUCGAUCGACGUGUCCUGAGCAUGCCGGGGCUGGAUGAGAGCAGCGACGAGCUGAUCAACAUCCUGUUUAGACUCUACCAGUCCCAGCAUUGCCACACGUGGACCUCCUGCAUGAAGCACUCCAUCUUCGGCAUCAUCGUCAUCCAGCUGGAGGAGACCAAGCAUCCGAACAGCCCGCUCGUGUCCGAGCUGAUGGCCUACCAGUCGGUGGGUUUCCGCCGGUCUCCCUACACCCGCCUGGAAACCAUGUACGAAGCUCGCGCCCGGUCACUGGCUGCGCGGUACGGCAUCGAGCAGAUGCGCCGGGUGGACGCCAUCCUCCGCCUGCAGCCCCCCUUCCCGCCGGCGGUGCCCUUCUUUGUGCCGCUCCUGCUGGGCCUGCCGGUGAUGAUUGGCUAUGUGUCGAACUUUGUUUUCCGGUUCAUGGACACCCGUACCCCUCGGUCGUCCUCCCUCUCGCUGUCGAUGGAGUCCUAGAAGGGGGGGGGCCCGCGAGGAGAUGCGCUACCGGGCGCGUACGCGCGCACAUCCCUCCCCCCCCUGCAUGGAGACACAUAUUCACACGCGUGGGCUUGCAUUUGCGCCGGUGGCCCAUGCGGCAUGCCUCGUCUUCUCCUGCCGGGGACGGCCCGGGGGGGGCCUGUGCCUGCCCGCGCCGGCCAUCUCGCCGGGACUCCGCUUCAUCCUCCCCCCUCUGACCGCCGCGCGUUCACGCCCGAAAAUACAUUCACACCCUCGA